ACAAGAAGCAUCUGCUCCGCUGGUCGGCCUGUACGGAGCAAAAACGCCCUGAAGGUUGAAGGAAGCAGUUCUUGUUUCGCUUCACGCAGGUUGUCCAGCAUACGUUCUUCAACUCGGAAUCUACAUAUUGACGCACUGCUCAAGUUUUCAUGACGAUGUAGCACUUACACGCUUCGCAUAAAAGCUGUCAAUUCAUGGCCUUCCACUGCGAUCUUGGUUCUUCAACCCUCCCCUUUCGCGCAUUUCGCAAAUCCAAUUUGAAUAAACCCAAGACCCCAUCUUUAAUCCCCAUUCGCCCUCCAACUUCAUGCCGAAUUCGCGCCUCUGAAAAUGGGAAUGAGGGGCACAAUUCUGAGGACGAAACAAAGAGACCCCAAUUCGAUUUCCUCUCCAUCCCUGCAACCCUGACAAUCAUCUAUGCCUCCCUUCCUCAGUCCGUGGCGGCGGCUACCAAGGUUUCGGAGAAGAAGAGGUCAGCCAAGAAAGCCCCCGAAGCAUUGACCCCGGAGCAGCUGAAGUCUUGGUCGAAAGGGCUUCCUUUAGUUAAUGAUAGAAUUCCUUAUACUGACAUUGUAGAACUAAAGAAACAGGGCAAACUUAAGCAUGUAAUAAAGCCACCCGGGAUUAGUUUAAGGCAAAGGGUAGAGCCUGUUCUGGUAGUUUUGGAGGAUUCUAGAGUGUUGAGGACUGUGUUGCCUUCUGUAGAUGGGAAUAGGAAAUUUUGGGAUAUGUGGGAUCAGCUGAGUAUUGAUUCUGCAUGUGUUAAUGCGUACACGCCUCCGGUCAAGAGGCCAGAUGUGCCGGCGCCGUAUUUGGGGUUCUUGUGGAGUGUGCCGGGAUUUAUGUUGAAGCUGAUGAAGCCCAAGAAGGAGUCGAAGCGGGCGAUGGAGUUGAGGCGGGUGAGGGAGGAAUUCAGGAGGCAGAGGAAGGAGGAGUUGGAUCGAAUGAGGCAGGAGAGAGAGAUGAUCGAACAGGCGAUGAGAAUGCAGAAGAAAGAGGAGAAGAGGCGAAUAAAGAGGGAGAUCAGGAAGAGGAAGUAUGAGGAAUCAUUGCGCGAAGCGAGGAAGAAUUAUCAGCACAUGGCAAUUGUGUGGGCAAAUUUGGCACGGGACUCAAAUGUAGCAACUGUACUCGGCUUGGUGUUUUUCGUGAUCUUCUAUCGAACUGUGGUGUUUAGCUAUAGGAGGCAGAAGAAGGAUUACGAGGACAGAUUGAAGAUCGAUAAGGCAGAGGCGGAGGAGAGGAAGAAAAUGAGGGAGUUGGAGAGAGAACUGGAAGGAAUAGAGGGUGGUGAUGAGGAGAUUGAGGGAGGAUCAGGAGGAGAACAGAAUCCUUAUAUGAAGAUGGCAAUGCAGUUCAUGAAGUCGGGUGCUAGAGUUAGGAGGGCACGUAAUAAACGGCUCCCCCAGUAUCUCGAGAGAGGCGUGGAUGUGAAGUUUUCUGAUGUUGCAGGUCUUGGGAAGAUAAGGCUUGAGCUUGAGGAGAUUGUUAAGUUUUUCACACACGGUGAGAUGUAUCGGAGAAGAGGAGUAAAAAUACCAGGUGGUAUACUUCUUUGUGGUCCUCCUGGUGUUGGCAAGACUUUGCUAGCCAAAGCUGUGGCUGGUGAGGCUGGCGUAAACUUCUUCUCCAUUUCCGCUUCUCAAUUUGUGGAAAUAUAUGUUGGUGUUGGUGCUUCUCGGGUCCGUGCACUUUACCAGGAAGCGAGAGAAAAUGCUCCAUCUGUUGUCUUCAUUGAUGAGCUGGAUGCUGUCGGAAGGGAACGUGGGUUGAUCAAGGGAUCUGGCGGACAAGAACGUGAUGCUACUCUGAAUCAGCUCCUCGUAUGCUUAGAUGGGUUUGAAGGUAGAGGGGAGGUUAUUACAAUUGCCUCUACAAAUAGGCCCGACAUUCUUGAUCCUGCACUGGUGAGACCUGGAAGGUUUGAUCGGAAGAUCUAUAUCCCAAAACCUGGCUUGAUAGGUCGUGUGGAAAUUCUUAAGGUCCAUGCUCGGAAGAAGCCAAUGGCUGAUGAUGUGGACUAUCUUGCUGUUGCUAGCAUGACUGAUGGAAUGGUUGGUGCAGAGCUAGCUAACAUUGUGGAGGUUGCCGCUAUUAAUAUGAUGCGCGAUGGCAGAACUGAAAUCACUACUGAUGACUUGUUACAAGCUGCACAAAUUGAAGAAAGAGGGAUGUUAGACAGGAAAGAGAGGAGCCCUGAGACAUGGAAGCAAGUGGCUAUUAAUGAAGCGGCUAUGGCUGUCGUGGCUGUCAACUUCCCUGAUCUAAGAAAUAUUGAGUUUGUCACUAUUGCUCCUAGAGCAGGUAGGGAGUUGGGUUACGUGAGGAUGAAAAUGGAUCAUAUGAAGUUUAAAGAAGGAAUGCUGAGUCGGCAGUCACUUCUAGAUCAUAUCACUGUUCAACUAGCUCCACGUGCUGCCGAUGAGCUUUGGUAUGGCGAGGGUCAGUUGAGCACCAUAUGGGCAGAAACAGCGGAUAAUGCUAGGUCAGCAGCAAGGACUUAUGUACUCGGUGGUCUCUCUGAGAAACAUUAUGGGGUCUCCAAUUUGUGGGUUGCAGAUCAUAUUAACGAAAUUGAUCUGGAGGCUCUACGGAUUGUGAAUGAAUGUUACAAUUGUGCGAAGGAGAUCCUUCAGCAGAAUCGGAAGCUUAUGGAUGCGGUGGUUGAUGAACUGGUUCGGAAGAAAAACUUAACAAAGCAAGAGUUUUUCCAGCUAGUCGAGCUGCAUGGCUCGCUCAAACCAAUGCCACCUAGCAUACUCGACAUCAGGGCCGCUAAACGUGAGAAGUUUCAGGAGAAGAUGAUGAUGAAUCAGAAGGAAGCUGUUAUGGGAAAGCAUACGUGAGUAAAAUGGCAUGGUUUUGUUGUUGAUACAGAACCAUCGCAUCCCCAAAAGAAUCGCUUUGCAGACACCAUAGUGGGCUCGACCAUUGCACAGAAUGGUCAAGUUAGUCGCAACAGUCAUCAUCAUUAAUUAA